UAGAUAUGGGUAACCUAUUUAUGGAUGAGGACUUCAAUACUGAACCCUUUGUAUUUACAGAUGAAGAUGCUGACCGGAUUCGUGUGACUGAUGACCUAAAUAUUUGUUCUCAACUGUUGCUAGCUGCAGUAAGUAACUUUAACACUGAAAGUGACUUCUUGAUCUGCAAAAAUGCUGAAAAAAAAGGAUUUUCUGGCUAUCUUGUGCAAAACGUUUCCUUUUUUUGUGCUGGCAGCAAAGAUUGAGGGAUGAUAAGUAAAGUAACUCUAGAUACUUGUGUGUCACAUAUUCUCUUCCCCAGGACUCAAACCUUUCAAUGGAAUCCACUCUCCAUGAGAUGGUCUUACAGGCCUCAGCACACCAUGCCAAUAGGAAUGCAGUUUGUUUCGAUAGUUCUGAUCAACAGCAAGUUUUCUACACCUACAGAGAACUGAUGGUGCUGGCUAAACAGCUAAAGGAUUUCCUAAAGGCCCGCUGUGGUGCUGAGAAAUGUAGAAUUGGACUCUAUUGCCAGCCAGACAUCAACCUGCCAGCUUGGAUUUUGGGUAUUCUUAUGGUACCAGCAACAUACUGCCCAAUAGAUCCAAGUGCUCCAUCACAGUUUACUUCACCUUUAAUGGAAAGGUGUGGCCUGAAGUUCAUAAUUGUGGAAAAUAACAAAGUUGAGAAGUUUAAGCUACUUUUCAGAAAUUGGACAGAACAGAAUUCGUCUCCAGUACAACAUCUUGAUGUAACACUGUUUAAACACUCGGAUAUUGUGCAAUUAGGAAAUGAGCAUGUAUAUGUGACUGACAUCCCUAAGCAACAUACUGGAAAUGCUCUAAGGUGUACAGAGCAUCAGAUGUGUGCAGAGCACGUUGACAUUCACAGUGGGAAUGGUUUAGCUUAUGUUUUACAUACAUCUGGGUCAACAGGCACCCCCAAAGUUGUCAGCGUACCUCAUUCUUGUAUCGUGCCAAAUAUUCACCAUCUACGAUCCAUCUUCAACAUCAAACCACAUGACCGGCUGUUCUUGGCUUCACCACUGACAUUUGACCCCUCUGUUGUUGAGUUGUUCUUGGCUCUUUCCACUGGAGCUUGUCUUCUGCUUGUGCCAGACUCCAUCAGAAUGAUGCCACAUAAACUGUGUGACCUUUUGUUUCACAAGCAUAAAGUGACAGUGCUGCAGGUAACACCCACUUUUUUGAGACGGUUUAGCUCAUAUUCCAUCCAAUCAUCUGUGUUAUCCAGAGAAACAUCACUUCGCAUUUUAGCACUUGGUGGGGAACCAUUUCCAGCCAUAGAUGUCAUCAGAUGCUGGAGAGAACUGGGAAACAAAACACGCAUAUUUAAUCUUUACGGAAUAACGGAGGUAUCAAGUUGGGCAACUUUUUAUGAGAUUCCAGAAAAAAUGCUAACUUCUGAGACAUGCAGUGAACAUUCAGUACCACUAGGAAUUCCAUUGCAAGGAACAGCUGUUGAGCUUCAGAAUGAGGAUGGCUGUAAAAUCGAGGAAGGGGAAGGCCAAGUGCUUUUAGGAGGGAGAGAACGGAUAUGUUUUCUGGAUGAUGAAGUAACUUUGCCGUGUGGGACAAUGAGAAAAACUGGGGACUGGGUAACAGUAAAAAGUGGGGAGAUGUUUUUUUUGGGACGAAAAGAUAAUCAGUUUAAACGUCACGGCAAGAGGCUGAAUACUGAAUACAUACAGCAGGUGGUAGAAUGUCUCUCCCAUGUAGAUACAUGUGCAGUUUUGUGGUCUGAAUCCAAGCAGUUAAUUGUUUUUGUCAUACCUAGAGGUUCCGUAGAAAAGAAAAUCCUCUGGCAGGAGUUAUUGUGUUAUCUGCCGGGCUACGCAGUCCCUGAUGAUAUUAUAAUGAUAGAGUCCUUACCGCUUACAAAGCAUGGUAAAGUAGAUUUGUCUAAAUUAAAUACCAUCUAUUGUGACUACUUAAGAGAAAAGAAGAGAAUCCAUUUACUACAAGAGAAUGAUCUGUGGGACAGUUUGCAAAACACAUGGAAGCACGUACUGGGUCUACCUAAAGAGUCUCCUGCUGUUGCUGAAGAUUCAUUAUUCUUGCUUGGUGGAGGUGACUCCUUAACAGCCAUACGAUUUCACAACGAAAUAGAGGUUCUGGUUGGCAAAAAUGUGCCAGAUCUCAUGGAAGUUAUUCUUAGCCAAACCAUUCUUGAUAUUUACAGGCACAUUUCUAGAGUUGUGUAUCCAAAAGAAGAGCAAAAUAUAGAUGACAUUGUAGCAGAAACGACUAUAAGAGACGAUACAAGCAUAACAUUUCAGAGAAAAAGAAAAGAUUUGCCAGAGACAGCACCAACAAAAGAUGUUGAAUCCUUUCUCUCUCUAAGCAGAGGAAAUUGCUUAUAUGUGAAUAUGCCUUUACCUUCUGAACUCGUUACUCACCUGUAUCAUAUAAUAAAUGGACCAAACCAAGAAAUGGCAGUGUUUUUAUAUGGCAGCCAAACCAUUCCUGAAUUCAAAAGGCCCAAACUCAAGUUAUCUGUCCCACACAAUCCAUCUAUAUUAAACAUAAGGACUAAUGGACUGUCUCUGCAAGUGAGGUGGAAAUCUGACACAGGCAAGUGUGUAGAUGCUUCACCUUUACUUGUACAGUCAACCAGCAAGAACUCUCCAGUGACAAUAUAUAUUGGUUCUCAUUCACAUAGAAUGCAAGCUAUUGAUCUCCAGUCUGGGAGAGUUAUAUGGGAGAGAGUACUAGGGGAUCGUAUUGAAUCUUCUACUGCUAUCACGAAAUGUGGAAACUUUGUCCUUGUUGGCUGCUAUGAUGGCUCACUUUAUGCACUAAUAAGAAACAAUGGGGAGACACACUGGAUUCACACGACUGCGGAUGCCAUAAAGAGCUCUCCCGUUGUUGAUUCAUCUACUGGUCUUGUGUUUGUUGGCUCUCAUGAUCAUCACUUGUAUGCUUUAGAUAUUGCAGCCAAGCAGUGUGUCUGGAAGACUCACUGUGGAGGAGGAGCUGUAUAUGCUUCCCCUUGUAUAAGCUCCAAACCACAUCAAGUGUAUGUUGCUACCCUUGGAGGAUUAGUAUUGGCUAUCCAUCCAGUUACAGGUAACCUUAUUUGGACAUAUGUUUGUGGAAAACCUGUGUUUUCAUCCCCUCAGUGCAACCAGACUCACAUUUUUGUUGGCUGUGUGGAUGAACAUUUCUACUGCCUCAAUAAUGCAGGAGAAAAGGUUUGGCACCUUACUACCAACGGUCCAAUAUUUUCCUCUCCAUGCCUUUCAAGUCUGUCCAAGAAAAUAAUGUUUGGGUCACAUGACGGCUUUGUCUACUGCUGUAACACAGAGGGUGUUUUGUUAUGGAGAUAUAAAACGGGCUCAAGAGUAUUUGCAACUCCAUUUCUUUUCCCAGAUACAAAUUCAAAUGAUAGAGAACUGCUGGCAGUAGCCUCUACAGAUGGACAUCUAUGGAUAUUGGAUGCUGAGACUGGGCUACAAUAUGGCCAAUAUAAACUUGAAGGAGAAGUGUUCUCUUCCCCUGUGGUGUGGAGAGGAAGUCUCAUUGUUGGUUGUAGGAAUGACUAUGUAUAUUGUUUAGAUUUACUCAACACUGCAACAGAAAAAUGAAGAUCAUAGGGCUAAAAUUACUAUUAAAUGUAAUUACUGAA